AUGAACUCAGCCGGCGCAAAGUCAACCAUGUCUCGCGACAUGGAGGAGCUCACCAGGGGCAAGGAGGAUAUUUCGGACCAGGUGCGCGGCCACAAGGCGAACAUCUCCAACCCAAGCAAGUUACACACGAGCGAGAAAUCAAAGGAGAAGAGUCGCCAGACCAUCGAGAACUUGGGUGGUGAAGGCGCCCAUUACGGCAAGGAGGCCGACCCACGCAGCAAGAGCGCGGCGAAUAACCUUGAGGGGAGUCGGGCUAUGAGUUAG